AUGAUCGCGUUCGUCAUCAUCAUCGCUCUGUACCACACCGUUGAAACCGCCCUCGCCCAUGCGACCGGCUGUUACCACACCAUGACGCAACUUGACACGUCGCACCUGGACCCGACUGUGAGCGUGACAGUCCGGCCCAGCGUGAACAUCGUCUACCAUCGAACUGUGAGCUCCACCUUCCAAAUGACACCCUUGUACUCGACUCGGGCGCCUCCCACCACAUGGUCAAGGACGCGUCUCUCUUCGACGCCUGGCACACACGGUCACACGUCGCCGUUGAUGGCGCUGGCGAGUCACUCAUGGCACAAGGCACCGGCUCGAUCACGAUACGAACGUCGAAACAACGAACGAUCAAGCUCUGCAACAUCUACUACGUCCCUGACCUUCUGGCCAACCUGAUCUCGGUCAUGCAGCUGCGACGCGAGCGCAUUUACACCCACUUUGGCAAGACCAUCGAGCUCCCGUCACAAGGUCAACUCAUAGGUGUGGCAUCCCUCAUUGCAAAUCAAUUGUCGACACUGGACGCCACCCCAAUCCGCAGCACGGUGUCACCGGUCGCAGCAGCCGCCAUCCCUCUCCUGACUCUGCACCAACGAUUUGGCCACCUGUCCCUCCCCAACCUGCGAAGGGCAGUCUCGUCGGGUCAACUCCAAGGUCAAACAUGGACGUACUCUGCGGCCGAAUGCAAGGCCUUCUCCUGCGACACCUGCAAAGCCGCCAAAGCAACAAGGACACCUUUCCCAACAUCGGACUCUCGCGCUUCGCAACCACUCGAACUGGUCCACUCCGACGUCCUCACUCUGCCCGAACCCACCACCGAUGGGGAACGAUACGUUGUCACCUUCAUCGAUGAUUUCUCCCGGAAGACGUGGGUCAGCGCGCUGAGGAACAAGAGUCAGGUCUUCGACACCUUCCAGCGUUGGCACGCCAUGAUCGAGCGCUCAACGGGCCUCAAGCUCCGCACGUUACGAACGGACAACGGCGGUGAAUAUACGUCCAAAGCCUUCAUCGAGUACUGCUCUCAUCACGGCAUCACCAGGCAACUCACGAUCCCUUACACCCCGGAGCAAAACGGCUGA